ACCAAACACGAACAAAACACCAUCACCAAACCACAUACAAUCCCAAUUCCUAUUUCACAAUGGCCACCAUUCAGCUCGGUCUCACUUCUCCCGGCCUCCUCGGCCCCGUCAUCGGCCUCAACCUCUGGACCUUUGUCAUGGAGGGCUGGAUGUACGCGACGCGUCUGCCCGCCAUGGAGGAGGCUAAGCUUACGCCUACACCCGAAUUGACGCCCAACGAUAUGGCUACGAAGCUCCCUGCCAGUGUCCGCUGGAAGGCCGAGAACUACAACCAUCUACACGAGCAGCCCACCACCUUUUACGCCGUUGCGCUCUCCCUGGCUCUUCUGGGUGUCGAUGAUAAGUGGACGGUGGCUGCUGCUUGGAGCUACACUGGUCUCCGUGUCCUGCACAGCUUGGUCCAUGCCACAAGCAACUCAAUCAUGACGAGAUUCAAGCUCUUUGGUCUGUCGUCGACUGUUCUUUUUGGAUUGGCUGCUCGCACUGCCUACUUGCUUGUCAAGCACCGCAAGUAAUGACAGCAGCCGACUUGGACGAGUGACGUCAUAUCGAGGGCAGCGUACAAUGUCGAAU